AUGAAGGAGGAGGUCCAGAAGCCAGCAGUCAGGAGACCCCAGCGGGCGCAGCAGCAGAGAGAACAGAAGCCCCAACAUGUGCUGGGGAAGCUCCCUGUGCCUGGGAAGCGGAAGAGGAAUCAGGAUGACGAAGUGGUUUUCACGCAUGGGCACUCACUGGCCAGGAUGUGUCUUCAGUGCCUGGCACCUAUCGAAGUAGCUGCCCAGUUAAUGUUGGUGCAAUGGAAGGAUGAGCCCUACUCCAUGGCCAAAUUCUACAUCUACAAGAACAAAGGUCUGAGUCUCCCUCUACGGGAAAUUCAUACAGUCUCAGAUAAGCUACUGAAUCAAAAACCUGCUUUCUGUAGGUCUGCUCCGGGGCCCCCUGGCCCCAGGGGCCCUCCGGGGGAGAAGGGCGACUCAGGGAGGCCUGGGUUGCCCGGGCUGCAGCUGACGGCGGGCGGGACCGGCGGCGUCGGGGUGGUGGGAGGCGGAGCCGGGGGCGGCGGCGACUCCGAAGGCGAAGUGACCAGCGCGCUGAGCGCCGCCUUCAGCGGUCCCAAGAUCGCCUUCUACGUGGGUCUCAAGAGCCCCCACGAAGGCUACGAGGUGCUCAAGUUCGACGACGUGGUCACCAAUCUCGGCAAUCAUUACGACCCCACCACCGGCAAGUUCAGCUGCCAGGUGCGCGGCAUCUACUUCUUCACCUACCACAUCCUCAUGCGCGGCGGCGACGGGACCAGCAUGUGGGCGGACCUCUGCAAAAACGGCCAGGUCCGGGCCAGCGCCAUCGCGCAAGACGCCGACCAGAACUACGACUACGCCAGUAACAGCGUGGUGCUGCACCUUGAUUCUGGGGACGAGGUGUACGUGAAGCUGGACGGCGGGAAAGCGCACGGAGGCAAUAACAACAAGUACAGCACGUUCUCGGGCUUUCUUCUGUACCCGGAUUAGGGGCGCAGGGGCGCGAGGUGGGGGUGGUUUCAGACUGCCCUGUCCCCGCGGGGGCGCGCGGCUCCUUGGUGAGGGCCACUCUCGCUUCAUGACACUUCCUGACAUCUCCGUUGGAAAAUACACAUCCCUGCUGCCCUCCCUACCCCGUCCCGGCCUCUAUGUCUGCGACUCACCACGCUCUGGGCUUUGCCCCUGGUCCCUGUUCCCAGCCCGAGGAGGGAGAGCAGGACGCUUACGUGGCGAGUUGAGCUUGAACCUCAGCCCUCGAGGCUGGUGGCGGCGCAGACUUUGCAAACCUGAUUGUACUGGACGGUCGGGGCAGGGGGCCUUCCCUCUUCCAGACCUCCUCCUCCUCCUCCCAGUGCCCCAAGGCCAAGGGCUCCAGGCCCUGGCCAGGGAGGUAGGCUGAAGUGAGCACAGGCUCCCUGGGGCUUCCUUCUUUGUGACCCAAAAUACUUGUGCAAAUUUCCCUGUCCAUCAGCCAAAACCCACCCACAGCAGAAUUCCAGCAAACGGAAAUUCACCUCUCCACACCGCACU